AUGAGAAUGACACUUGGAGACUAUCUCAUCCUCAUUCAGGUACUUUUUCAAACACAGACCAUUAGAAUUACUACUCAUGUUUUUCAGAAUCUGUUUCUGAUUUUGGCGUUCACAUCUACCGCAGGGAUUCUGUGCAAAGGAAAGAAGAAGGCUGCUUCGAAAAGUGCCGUGAAGAAAAAGUCGAACGAGAGUAUCGAUGUGAAAUCGGCCAUUGUAUGUCGCUGAGUUUUGCCGUUUACAAGAUUUCUGAAUCGUUCCAGAAGCCUCCGGUGACUGAUGUGACUCCAAGUGCGGUCGAAAAGGUGAAAGAAGAGAAGAAAGAAGAGGCGCUGAAGGAAGAAGCCAAGGAAAAAGUCGGCGAGAAGAAGGACGGCGCUGGAACACCAGAUAAGAAGAAUUCCAAUGAGAAGUCACAGAAAACAUUCCCGAAGUUUGAGGUUCUUCGAAUUAUCGUAAACCAUGUGAACUGAUGAUAUUUAUGCAUGUUCCAGAUGCCAACGGAAAGCAAAAAAAAGAUAAAGCUACAGGAAAAUGAGGCGGAGAAACAGGAGAAGAUCAAGAAGGGAUUUUUCCAGGAGAAGUCGGACGAAGAUGACACCCUCGAGAAGAUCGACAGUCUGAAGGUCGAGCAGUCCGAUCGCACCAAAAGAUCGCAGAAGAAAAAGAAAUAA